AUGAAGAGGGCGGUGAUGAAGAGGGCGGUGAUGAAGAGGGCGGUGAUGAAGAGGGCGGUGAUGAAGAGGGCGGUGAUGAAGAGGGCGGUGAGGAAAAGGGCGGUGGUGAAGAGGGCGCUGGUGAAGAGGGCGGUGGUGAAGAGGGCGGUGAGGAAGAGGGCGGUGAUGAAGAGGGCGGUGAUGAAGAGGGCGGUGAGGAAAAGGGCGGUGGUGAAGAGGGCGGUGGUGAAGAGGGCGGUGGUGAAGAGGGCGGUGAGGAAGAGGGCGGUGGUGAAGGGGCGGUGGUGA